UUUUUAUUUUGAGAAGUGUUCACUAGAGGGCACUGUUAUUAAUUUAUGGUAGAUUUUAAAUCAAACUAUUGCAACACUGGAAGAAAAAAAGUCAGUAAUGGCGGAUUUGUAAAAACAAGUGAACGUGUUACUCAAUCAGAAUGCCAAAGACACCCAAAAUUCAGUAUAGUAAAGAAAAUUUACAAAAAGCAAUUGAUACAGUUCAAGAUGUUAACAAUAAGCUAUCUACGAGGCAAAUCGCCGAAAAAUACGGCGUUCCGAGGUCCAGUCUUCGGUACUAUAUUAAACAUCCGGGCCACAAAACCAGCUUAGGGCCAUCACCUGUACUAACUAUUUCAGAAGAAAAUAGUUUAGAAGACUGGAUAAUCAUUUCAGCAAGAAAGGGAUUUCCGCGUAACAAAGAGGACAUAUUAGAUACCGUCCAAAAGUUUCUAAUAGAAAACCCGCGUCCAAACUCAUUUUUGAAUAAUAGGCCAGGUGACGGUUGGUGGAAGGCCUUUUUAAAACGACAUCCUAGAUUGGCAACCAGAACUUCAGAAGGUGUGACAAAGGCCAGUGCAUGUGUUUCGGAAAAAGAUAUAAGAGGGUGGUUUACUGAAAUCCAAAAUUAUGCUACUGAAAAAGACUUGGCUUCUGUUUUAAAUGACCCACAUCGAGUAUUUAAUGCAGAUGAGACAAAUUUUCAAAUUUGCGUUAAAACUGGUCAAGUAUUAGCAGAAAAAGGUUCAAAAAAUGUCUAUAAUGUUGAACAAUCUCAAGCUAAAGAGUCUAUUACAGUUUUGUUCACUUUUUCGGCUGCAGGGGAUAUCUGUUGUCCAUUCAUUGUUUAUCCUUAUCAAAGGUUACCUGAAAAAAUUGCUGAUUCUGUACCUGAUGGAUGGGGGCUUGGCAAGUCUGACACAGGAUGGAUGACAACGGAAGUUUUCUAUGAAUACAUUGCUAAUGUAUUUUAUCCAUAUCUCGUCAGCAAAAACGUCGAAUUCCCAGUCAUUCUCUAUGUAGACGGUCAUAAGACUCAUUUAAAUUUCCAUUUAAGCCAGCUUUGUACUCAUCUUCAGAUCGAAUUAAUUGCACUCUACCCAAACGCAACAAGAAUCCUUCAGCCAGCCGAUGUAGCUGCUUUUAGACCUCUCAAAGUAGGAUGGAGAAAAUCUUUAAGGAAAUGGCAAAAUGAACACAAUAAUCAAAGUCUCACAAAAUUAAAUUUUGCACCUGUACUUAAUGAUGCCGUUAUGACGAGUCUAAGACCUGACAUAUUAGUUAAUGGCUUUAAAGCGUGUGGUCUAUGUCCAUUUAAUCCGGAUGCCAUUGACUAUGGAAAAUGCCUUGGUGCUGCAAGCAAUAAGUUGUCUGUACAAAAUACAAAACCUAUUCCAGAUUUAGCAACGAUAACCUAUUCUACUUUUUCAAAGAUCGUUGGACCAUCUAUUGUUAAGGAUUUCGAAAAUAGACGUCACAAACUGCCGCAUCAAAAAGUUACUGAACACUUGGAUAUGUUAUUUAAGUUAUGGGAAUCAUUUAAGCAUGCUGAAAUUGAAUCUAAUACUAACGAAGUAGUAGAUUGCUCAGUUAUCACACAAGAAAACAAUGAAGAUUCAAUUGAAAACAUUGUCGAUUUACACUCACUUACAGAAGAAACAUCUGAGGGAAUAGAAAGUCUUUCAACGUGUGAUCUUUUCUCCUCAGUGCCUGAGUAUACCAAAUAUAAACCUACAACAGCUUCCACAACUCUACAAAAACAAUAUACCCCAGAAAUAUCUUCUGAAGAGCCACGAGCAAGUACUUCAUUUGCAGUAGCGGCGGCAAACUCUACGCCACAGUUACCAAGUCCUAAAAUUAUAAAAAGAAAAUAUUCACUGGGAGAGUAUCUAGCUUACCCGGAAACGCCCAUAAGGAAAGGAAAAAGACAAACAGAAAGACAACCAUACGUUAUAAGUUCUCAAAAUUUUAAAGAAGCUUUACAUGUAAAAGUAGUAGAAAAGCAAAAUUUAUUAAAAAUCAAGGAAGAAAAGAAGUUGAUUAGAGACAAGAAAAAAGCUGAAAAAAGUAAGAACACCAUAAAAAUAACCAAGAAACCUAACAAUGAAAAUUCUGCAGUAAAUAUCAAUAGUGAAGUUGAUUCAGAGGAAAUUGAUACAAUCAAGGGAAAUAACGACAACGAGACUGAAACUUUUAAGUACCAUCUCCAAUGUACACCAAAGACGAAAGAAUUAAAUAUAAGCCAUAAGGAAAAUAAACAGGUAGCAACAGGUGGAAAGAUAACUAUUUUAAGCGACAUUAUAAUCAAGCCUACUAUUUGUGUAGUUUGUCAUUUCAGCAUAAUGAAAAAUCCGUUGACCUGCAGUGCUUGUUCAAAAACCUAUCACAUGCGUUGUAUUCCUCAAAAACAUAAAGAACAUAUCCCCGACGACGCCGACUUAAGGUUAUUUUUGUGCCAUCGUUGUUUUAUUGUAAAAGAUUCUGACUCAGGUGAUUCUGACUCAUCAUUGUCAGCAAGAGAAUUAUUUGGUGUGAUUAAUAAAGCUAAGCGUAAUCUAUUUUGA